CUGGAUUCGUCAAACAAGUCCAUUGUACCGCUGACAAACCCGAGGGAAUCGGAUUCAGAGUCUGACUUGAUUGCAUCUAACGCUUGUUCACUGCGCAGCGUGAGAUCUCAGCGUCACAAAAGGUCGAGGAUGGCCGAGGGUCGUCCUCAAACUUGCAAGAGCGCCCUAUCCCAAAAUCUCCACGGCUGCGUGAUGAAGACGCAAAGGGAAGGGCUGCGCGAAGGCAACAGUGUAUCCGUAGUAGUAUUCGUAAUGUCUGUUAUCACAUCACAACCACUGCCAAACAGUGAUGAUCCUGACAAUCCUCAACCACCAUCACCUGAACAGAUGUCUGAUGAAGAAGAUAGGAAGAAAGAACGGCAACGUGAAGAUUGCUGUAUGGACGCAUUAGACUGCGAUGAUUCAGACAUAUUUUUUCUAUGCCAUUGCAUAGCUUGGUGUUUUCGCGGUCUUGGUAAUUGCACGGAAUCAUGUUUCGACGAUUGUGGGGACUGCAUUAGUAAUUGUUGUGAAUCCAGCAACGAUACAACCGAUGCUGGUAGCUGUGCAGAUUGCAUGGACUGUUGUAGUGACUAA